UCCGCGGGCGCCCCCAGUGGCUGCGCGAGCGCGGAGUUCUCCACUCGGGGAGCCAGGAUUUGUGAGCGGCGCGCAAUGCUGGCAUCGCUGGCGAGGGUCUCGGCUCUGCGGAGAACCGGCCUUUUCUCCCGCCGGGGCGGCGGGACGGGGCUGUGGACCGGCCGCCCGCAGUCAGAUACUGACAAUGUGAAGCCAUUGGAGGGUGUAAAGAUUCUGGAUCUAACAAGAGUACUGGCGGGACCUUUUGCUACUAUGAAUUUAGGAGACCUUGGAGCAGAAGUUAUAAAAGUGGAAAGACCAGGAGCUGGUGAUGAUACACGAACUUGGGGUCCACCUUUUGUGGGGACAGAAAGUACUUAUUUUCUCAGUGUUAACCGAAAUAAAAAAAGUAUAGCUGUUAAUAUCAAGGAUCCAAAAGGGGUGAAAAUCGUCAAAGAGCUUGCGGCUGUUUGCGAUGUAUUUGUAGAGAACUACGUCCCUGGCAAACUGUCUGCGAUGGGGCUGGGCUAUGAAGAUAUUGACAAGAUUGCGCCUCACAUGGUCUACUGUUCCAUCACAGGGUAUGGUCAGACAGGUCCACUGUCUCAGCGAGCUGGUUAUGAUGCUAUUGCCUCCGCUGUUUCUGGUCUAAUGCAUAUCACAGGACCCGAGGAUGGAGAUCCAGUUCGUCCAGGAGUGGCCAUGACUGAUCUUGCCACUGGCCUUUAUGCCUAUGGAGCCAUUAUGACUGGAUUGAUACACAGAUAUAAAACCGGAAAAGGACUGUUCAUUGAUUGCAACCUACUGUCAUCCCAGGUGGCGUGUUUGACCCAGGUAGCUGCUAAUUAUCUUAUUGGCCAAAAGGAAGCGAAAAGGUGGGGCACAGCUCAUGGCAGUAUUGUUCCUUACCAGGCUUUUAAAACCAAGGAUGGAUAUCUUGUAGUUGGAGCAGGAAAUAACCAACAGUUUGCAGCUGUGUGCAAGAUCUUGAAUUUGCCUGAACUGAUCAAUGAUUCCAAGUACAGAACUAACCACCUUCGGGUACAGAAUAGAAAAGAACUUAUUAAAAUAUUAUCAACACGGUUUAAGGAAGAAAUGACCAGCAAGUGGUUACAGCUCUUUGAAGGAAGUGGAGUCCCGUAUGGCCCAAUUAACAACAUGAAGAAUGUGUUUGCAGAGCCCCAGGUGUUACACAAUGACCUCAUUAUGGAGAUGCAGCAUCCAACUGUGGGAAAGAUAUCAGUCCCAGGCCCAGCUGUGAGAUACAGUAAGUUCAAGAUGUCAGAGGCCAGGCCGCCUCCCCUUCUCGGGCAGCACACGACGCACAUCCUGAAGGAGGUCCUCCGAUAUGAUGACAGGGCCAUCGGGGAGCUGCUCAGCACUGGAGUGGUGACCCAACAUGAGGUUGAGUGACAAAGGAAAAAUGCUUUUCUGCAAAAUCACAUCUGAAUGCAUUUUGCUAGCGAAGACAAAACAGCCUUUCUGGACCCUUCUCCCCAAAUCUGGUGCCUGCCACUGAAGAGUUAGAGGAAUUCCAGAUUUCCUGCCUGGCGUCUCCAGAAUGGCUCUGGUAUCAGUGAAUCUAGUGCUUUCUAAAUGUAUCCCACCUUUCAUUCCUCACUGUUUUCCCCCAGAUAAUAGAUUAAUUGCAGAUUUUUCUUUUUUUUUUGAAGAUUUUUUUUUUCUGGAAAAAUGCAUUCCUCAUUCUAAUUACGUUAAUAGCCUAAACGUUUGCCCCUCCAGCCCACGCAGGUCUGAAAAAGAGCAGAUCUCUUGAUGUUCUUUACUUGCACAUAAAGUCCUCAUUUAAACCUUUGUUAGGAAGUCAAAGCAGUAAGCAGAAUGACAGUCUCGGUGAUUGAUUUUAAACAGAAUAACUUAAUUUGAGCUCAUGAACCCUUUGUUAAUCUGUAAUUUAAACCAUGGAAUUUGUUAAUGUCCCUUAUAAAACUGAACUUCAUUUUCCCCUAUGGGGGUAAA